AUGUCUCUGAAUGGGUUGGACGACCUCAAGAUCAGGGAGGCUCACGAAACUGCCGCUGCUGAGCCGGGAGGAUGGUUUCUUCUCAAGUACGCAAGCCGCGACGAGGUCGAGCUGUUAGGCCGUGGCAAUGGCGGGAUCGUCGAGAUUCGCAACUCGAUUGCGCAAUACGAGGAGGCCUCGCCGUUGUUUGGCUUCCUUAGGUACCGCCGAAGGAAUGUCAUCAUCAAGUACCUUCCCGAGGAUUGCUCCAGAUUAGUGCAAGCGCGUAUGACGGUCCACUUCAACGCCGUUUGUGAACGAUUUUCGCCCUACGACACCACUUUUGACAUCCAGACUGCCAAGGAGCUCAAGGACACCAAGCUCUCCGCUGCCUGUUCUCUGCAUGCGGCAUCGGGUUCUGCGUCUUCGUCGAGUAGCUCCCUGCGUCGGAGACGGCUGAUGGAAAUUGCUGAAGAGGAAGAGGAAGAGCAAAGAGCUGUGAAGAGACAAUCGACGGUGAACGAAGAGGAUCGGCCCGCCACUUCGGACGACAAAUCAGCUUCACCUCAGUCGCCAGCUUCUCCAGAUCCCCCCGUCACAUUGGACUCAAAACUUGCUGAUUCACCCGACGGGACAAAAUUCGCUGUUUCAUCUGAACCCCCUUCCUUCGUCGGCGUCGACAGGCCACCCUCACCCGCCAAGUCGUUCGAUGCCGCCCAUUAUUCACAUCGCCCUGACUUAUACAGCUAUUCAUCAUAUCCUUAUAAUAAACCCAAGGUGAAACUUGGCCCCCGACCCUCGCUUGACGUUGCUGGAAGACCCCGAACGGCGGGAAACUAUCGACCUGUUGCCAACUUGCCGGCGGGCUUUAAGAUGUUCUCGAAGGGCUCGAGGAAAGGAAGGUCAGACAACAGCAAAGAAGACGCAAAGUCGAUCAAGGAGGAAGAACCCGAAAUCACCUUUCUUGCCACUUCGAUACCCAUCCCCCAGGAUCCGGCCAUGAGUUCGGUUUUCCAACGACCGCACACCAGUGGUGGCAGGCCAGCCACCAGCUCCGGCGUAUCCGUCAAGUCGACUGCGCCGACUAUCACAGGCAAGCUCGGUAUCACGCCGGAAAAGGCGCGGCUGAUGAAGGCCAUGCAGCUGCGUGAGAAGAAGAAGAAGAUGAACCUGCAACAACAGCAAGCGAGCGUCACUACGACCGAGGCACCUCAGGAACCCACCAGCAAGGACAAGGGCAAGGGCAAAGAAGUAGAGGCUGAGCCGCAGACUGGCUCCUCCGAAGAGGUCGAGUAUGCGGCCAAUGAGGAGGAGAAGGAUGCGAGCGACAAAGCCCUUGACACCCAUUUUGCUCUGUCAAAAGCGGACUCGGGGGUUGAUGUUGCUUCCACAUUAGCGGUUGAUAGAGUGUCCUUGGAUACGCAGACCGAUUCGCAUCCUCCGUCCCCGUUGGCAAUGUCCUCGGAACUCGGAGACUCGACCAAAGCAUCUUCAGUAUCAGAGUCAACGGACGAGACCGUCCAGCCUCAGCCAGAUGCCAAAGACGAUGAUGCUCCAGAGGAUCUUUCACCACCCGUCGACGAGGAGCCUGAGCGGCUAAUACUGGACGAUGAGGAAGAUGAUGCUUUGGCUGUGAAGCGAAUGUCGGAGAUCCCAGAGAGACCAGAGGAUGAGUUGGAAGAGGAAGAAGCGUCAGCAAAUGUGUCUGUCGAGCAAGUUGCUGGUGGUGCUGAGUAUGCACAGCACCUUGAGGACGAAAAAGCUGCCACCGAGCCAGUGGCAGAGGUCGACGCAGAGCCUGAGUCUGAGCCUGAGCCCGAGCCAGAGACUGCUCCUCGGCUUGCCCCAGCACUUCCAGUCUCCAAAUUUGCUACCAAGACCCCUUCGCCGCGGUCAACGGGUCAGGAGAGCCAAGUCCCGGAGACUCCAGGGGCAGCCAGCCACAAGAAAAAGACGUCAGGGCUGCAGAUCCCUACAUCCAAGUUCGCAACAGGCGAUUCUCAGAGCGCCCAAGGACCUACCCUACACUCACUCAUGGCUUCUGGUCCACCCGAGCUCUAUGUUGCUCAAGAUGCCCCGCCGGUGACCCCGGAGACGAAACGUUCCAAGCGGAAAGGAGGACUUGAGCCCAUCCGGACGAAUCUGGACUACGUCUCAGAUAGGGAAGCGGUGCGGUCCGAGGCUCACCUUUCUGACGACGAGGACCUCAUGGACGAGCUGCAGUCGGCGACCGUACAAGAAGCCAAGCCUGUCUUGGUUGCUAAAACGCCAGUGGCCUCCAGUUUCCCAAGCCAGAGCCCACCCAGGCAAACAACGGAGGCGCUCCCCACACCUCGCAUUGUACGAACCGUGUCCAAUCCAAUUCGCGGACCCCUUUUGACCCCCGGAGACGUAUCUACCAGCAGCGCCAGGUCAGUCUCGGCCUCCGGAGCAGCCUAUCUGCAUCAGAUCACGCGCCAGCCUUCGACAACCCUCUCGACUAACAAAUCCCACAUGGGGUCCGGUAUCUCCCAGAGAAUCAAGGCUCUGGAGAUGCUUUCGGGCAGCUCAGCGGACGGGCAGCAACGCCUCGAGAGGCCAGCUUCAACUUUCUUUUCUGUACGCAAAACAGGUGCUCGGGAACCUUCCCGGUCGCCCUCUGUCGUUGAACGAGCGGACUCCUUGAGCAGGCAUCACACUCCUUCACCGCCACAAUCUCGCGGACGGACAUCGCCUGGCAGCUCCAGGUUGGAGCUCCGUGAUCGGUCAGGUUCGAUGGCCAGCAGGCUCUCCGUAUUUGAGGGCGGCAAUCUCCCAAGGGGCCGGCCGGAGUCGAUUCAAGUGACGGCACGGAUAGUGCGUGACCCAUUCCCGAAAUACAACGAUCAGCGCCCGUCCACUGCGGACCUGAACCAGCUGGACCUGAAGCAAUCUCUGUUGGUUGUGGAUCACCAAAAGGGCGACGUAAGUCCAACUACGAUCGUCCCAACUGUGAUCGAGACGCGGGAUACACCCCGUAAGGAGACCAUCCAGGAGCGUCGUCAGUCUAAGGACAAGAGGAGGUCACAGUCACAAGACGGCCUGUCUGAGACCAGAGAUGAGGAGGAUGGGCAACGCCAAAGGCGGAGAUCCUCGCUAUCAAUCGUUAAGGACUUCAUCAAGGACCGUCGCGGUUCUAUACUAGCCGGCAGAUCGCCGUCUACCGACAACCUGAACAACCUGGCCUCGCCCGGCUCGGUGUUGUCAGCCAGCCGAUCACCGUCCCGCCCGCCCUCCGUACACACUACCUCGGGCCUUGCUCGCCGACUCAGCAUCUCCAGCCGGAGGUCGUCGAUCAGCAAGGACCGCGACGCUGCCACUCCCUUGCCUACUCCGCUCUCGCCAUCUCUGAUGACGGAAGCAAGCGGAUCUGGCGACGAAGGCAGGUCUUCGCCUGGCGAGCUGGGCCACAAGAAGACUCCCUCGGGCGGCAAGAGCCGCGCCAGCCGUUUCAUGCGCCGGCUCUCGAGCUCGCUCAGCUCGAGCCGAAAGAAUAUUACCCCAACCAUCUCCCCUACCGUGGCAGAGGAAGAAGAGUUCAGCAACUCGAUCCCACCCUCCUCGUCGCAGGGGUCCGGUGCCGCGGCACACUACCCUACCAUCGUUGCCUACCUCGGCGACGUCAACGUCCAGUUCCCGGACAAUCUCCUCUGGAAGCGCCGCACCAUGUGCCUCGACUCGCAUGGUUUCCUCAUCCUCAGUGCCGUCCAGGGUGUCACCGCCACCACGACUGCCGCCGCGGUGGCCGGCAAGGACAAGCAGGCCGGUGCCAUCAAGCGGUACCACCUGAGCGACUUCCGCCAGCCCUACACCCCGGAGAUGGAAGUGCAGGAGCUGCCUAACAGCGUGUGCCUCGACUUUGUGGACGGCUCCGGCCUCCAGAUCGCCUGCGAGGACCGCGCUGGCCAGCUCAACGUUCUCCACGUGCUGCAGGAUGCGCACCAGGGUCACACCUCCUUCGGACAGUGA